ACUUGAACACGUCGACUUCACCGGAAAUAUUAGCCUAGUUCAACGUCACCUACAAUAGUCCUUAAGCUUCAAGUAUUGGCCAUUUUCCAUCGAAGCUCACCCAUCAUCCAUUGUUCCACUCUCAAUGGCCGAAAUUCUCACUGAAAUUCGAAAAAUCCCGCCAGUGACGCGCUUUCUCGUUGCAUCGUCUCUCGGCAUCACACUCCCAGCCAUUCUGCACCUUGUCUCGCCAUGGAGGCUUGUAUUCUUGUCACAGGCUGUUAUUAAAGAAUUUGAGUUCUGGAGAUUGUACACAAGUUGCUUCUUCGGAAGUAUGAACCUGAACUAUAUUUUCGAGCUUGCCAUGCUCUACCGCAACUCAAACGCGCUUGAAUCAACUCAUUACGAGCGUCGCUCUUCCGAUUACGCCUGGCAACUCUUUCUUGCUAGCCUCGCUCUUGUCGGUGUGAACCGUCCUAUCCAAUCCUACACGCAUACCCGCGCCUUGCUUCAUACUCUCACCUAUUUAAUGUGUUCUCUUUCCCCGCCAGGCGCACUAACCAGUGUCAUGGGACUCAUUACCAUCCCUGUCGCAUACUUCCCAUACGCACUCUUAGGCAUGGACCUCCUCACGGGUGGGCCAAGUGCCGCUGCGCAGGGCGUGAGCGGGAUGCUUGUCGGACACGCGUGGUGGUGGCUAGUCUGGGGGUCCGGCAUCGGCUCAGGCGGUGUUGAACAGGGCAUGUACGCUGGGUGGGGACGUGCUCCUGCGUGGUUGAAGAGCUGGUUUGGCGAGCGCGAAGAAUACGGACGUGCUGGAAGCAGAAGGGGUGCCGUGCAGGCGUUUGCACCAAGGCAGCGUGCUGAGGAAGCUGCUGCAUCAGGGCGGGUGACAGGACAUAGAUGGGGGUCUGGAAGGAGAUUGGGGGAGUCGUAGUUCGUGGGAGGCUGACCUCCUAGGCGAAAUGUCAAGAAAUAUUGAUCACGGUUCAUCCCUCCGAGAGCUAGGCUUGGUUGCUGUGCCAUUUUCUAUUAAAAAUCAUUACAUGACUUGAUAGUCAAAGCUACAUUCACGUUUGCUAUGUUCCUAACCCCUGCGUAUUGCUAUGUCACCUCAGUGGAAUCGGUCCAAUAUAUCAUGAUCAAGAAUCGUCGAAGAUUGUGAAAGUUCUUAUGUAUAUACAGUCUUUUCAAGCUGCAUACUUACCGUUCACCAAUAACUAGAC